AUGGCAGAUUAUUUAUUUACCGUCUUUUCAUUAGUUGCCGUUCUCUUUUCUGUAGUUCCAGGAAUAUUUCAUAUACAGACCCGCAAUUGGGGAGCAAUAUUCAUGACAUUCUGGGUGGCAUACACUAAUCUCAUAGAUUUCAUCAAUUCUCUCGUCUGGUCGGGCGAUGACCUUCUUGACGUGGCUCCAGUAUACUGUCUUAUCACAACUCCGAUUUAUCAAGCUUCAAGUUAUGGUGCGCUUGCUUCGGUUGCGUGUAUGAUACAUGCUCUCUACACAUACGUCUCAUCCACCAUCAUCAUUACCGAGAGAGUACGCAGAAGACGGGCACUUAUCGACUUUAUCGUCUGCAUUAUCGUUCCAACUGUGUUGGCCGCUUGCUAUUAUAUUGUUCAGGAUCACAAAUAUGGUCUUAGACCUGUAUUAGGUUGUUUCUCACCAUACACGUAUACCUUACUAACUGUGUUCAUUGUUCACAUAUGGCCCGUGAUAUUUGCCUUAGUGGGAAGUGUUUAUGCAGUCCUCACUGCCUAUGCUAUCGUCAAGAAACGUCUCGAGAUACAAAGACUUUUGACUUUCAAAGAAUCGGGUCUAAACCAAGCCAAAUUCUAUCGUCUAGUGUUUUUCUGCGUCUCUUUCCUCAUUGUUGCCCUUCCCGGUAGCCUUCUUCAACUCAAAGAGGCCUUCUUAUUCAAGUUUUACCCUUAUUCCUGGAAAUUCGUACACCAAGAUUGGAACCAAGUGAGCGUUUAUGACCAAGGAGUAAAACUCGUUGACUAUUUCAAACCCCUUACGGGUAUCAUGCUCUUCAUAUUUUUCGGCACUGGGCAGGAUGCACUGGCUAAAUAUAGAGCAUGGGGAAGAAUGAUCAAGUUGGACAUUGUAUUUCCAUUUUGCUUCAGGGAAUCCGAGACAGAAUCUCGAUUCACAUAUACUGUCAAAAGCUCUACAACUGAGAAAUCGCAGCCCACCAACAAAAUAUCUCAGUCUUCCCUUAAUUCGUCAAAGGUAUUAUUAUCAGCAUCAACAGAGACCAGCUCGUCCUAUUCAUUCAAUUCACCAAAAGGAACGCAAGAAAAGAAGAAGAAAGGCCUCACAAACUUUCUGUUCCUUGGUGGACAUCGUACUCCCUCUGAGCAAGCCGCUGUUGAUAUGACAUCUGGCAUUCGCAUUCGUAUCGACGGACUUGAUACUCGUACUGUUAUCGAUGAUUCGAUUGCAGAAGAGAAGGAACCUGAUAUGUAUGAGAAGAAAAGAAAGUCAGAGUUUUACCAACCCCCACGUAUCCUGGUGACUACUACUACCGAAACUACAACAGGUUCUAUCGAAGAGACGGGAGACGUUGGAGAUGUGAGAGACAGCGUUAUUCAACACGUAGAGGAUUUGUUGAGCGUAUACCCAACUGUUAAUGUGAUUCCACCCAACGAGUCAGAUAUUGCCGAUUAUCACACGAUAGACGAUAACGAGUCUUCGGAGACUGGAUUCGCCCUGUGA